UAAAAUUCACUCUCAGAGGCAGCAGCUGAAAGAGCAAAAAUGGAGGUUUUGAAAACCAGAAAUCUACACCGGCAGUAAGAUUUCUUCUUCCUAUUGAAAUCACACUUAAAUUUCAAUGCUAAGAAUGCAACAAUGAGACUCAAAAAUCCAACAAAGAGAACUCCUUCAGCUCAUGGCGAUGUUACCCAAGAAGCUUUCCCCAAAAUCCCUCUUAAAGCUUCUCAAAUCCGAGAAGAAUCCCAACGCAGCACUCUCCUUAUUCGAUAUAGCUUCUCAACACCCAAAUUACACUCACGACUCCAUUAUCUUCCACCAUAUUCUCAGGAAACUAUCCGACCAAAGAUUCAUCCCUCACAUGACCCGAAUCGUUGAUAUGAUUCAAACCCAGAAAUGUUUAUGCUCUGAGGAUGUUGCAUUGACUGUUAUUAAAGGGUAUGCGAAGAAUUCCAUGGUUGAUAAAGCUAUGGAAGUUUUUCAGAAUAUGAAGAAUAUUUUUGGUUGUAUACCUGGGGUUAGGUCUUUUAAUACAUUGCUUAAUGCUUUUGUUGUUUCGAAUCAGUUGAGUAGAGCUGAGUUGUUUUUCAAGUAUUUUGGAACAAUGGGUGUGUCUCCAAAUUUGGAAACUUAUAAUGUUUUGAUUAAACUUGCUUGUAAAAAGGGGCAAUUUGAUAAGGCGAAAGAGUUGUUGGAUUGGAUGUGGGAGAGUAAGUUGAUGCCAGAUGUGUAUAGUUAUGGAACUUUGAUCAAUGGACUUGCAAAGAAUGGACAUUUGGGUAAGGCCUUAGAGGUGUUUGAUGAAAUGUUUGAAAGAGGGUUGUAUCCAGAUGUGACCUGUUAUAAUAUUCUAAUUGAUGUAUUUUUGAAAAGUGGUGAUUAUGAUAGUGGUAAGAUGAUUUGGGCGCGGUUGAUAAGUGGGUCGAAUGUUUACCCUAAUGUGGUUAGCUAUAAUGUCAUGAUUAAUGGUUUAUGUAGAUGUGGUAAGUUUAAUGAGGGAUUGGAACUCUGGGACAGGAUGAAGAAAAAUGCACAAAAAAUGGACUUGUUCACGUGUAGUACAUUGAUUCAUGGUUUGUGUGAAUUGGGCAAUGUCAAUGGGGCUGAGAGGAUUUUUAAGGAAAUGAUUGAGACUGGACUAUCACCUGAUGUUGUGGUAUAUGGUGCUUUGCUUAAUGGUUAUUGUAAGGUCGGGGAGAUUAUGAAGUGUUUUGAGUUGUGGGAGCUGAUGGGGAAGGAAGAUUGUCGCAACGUUACUAGUUAUAAUAUAUUGAUGAGAGGUUUGUUUGAGAAUCGAAUGGUGGAUGAAGCGGUUUCUAUUUGGAAGCUUAUGAAUGAGAAUGGUGUUGUUGCUGAUUCAACAUCUUAUGGAAUCCUAAUUCAAGGGUUGUGUAACAAUGGGUAUCUGAACAAGGCUUUGGAGGUCUUGCAAGCUGAAAAUCAAGGAGAAAGAUGCAUGGAUUCAUAUGCAUACUCGUCUAUUGUUAAGGGGUUGUGCAGAGAAGGAAGAUUAAAAGAAGCAAAUGCUAUACUUGAUUUGAUGGCUAAACAGGGAUGUACACUAAGUUCUCAUGUUUGCAAUGCUCUAAUCAAUGGCUUCAUCAAAGCAUCUAAAAUUGCAGACGCACUCAGAUUUUUUGGUGAAAUGAGUAGUCGGAAUUGUACGCCAACAGUAGUAACCUAUAAUGUGCUGAUUGAUGGAUUAUGCAAAGCUGAAAGAUUUGGUGACGCCUAUAAGCUUGUGGAGGACAUGCUGCAGAAAGGGUGGACGCCUGACAUGAUAACAUAUAGCUUAUUGAUGGAUGGCCUUUGCCAAAGCAAAAAAGUAGACCUGGCCCUGAAGUUAUUGAGUCAAAUUGUUAGCAAGGGAUUCAAGCCUGAUGUGACCAUGGUUAACAUUAUAAUUCAUGGCCUUUGCUCUGCUGGAAACCUUGAUAACGCAUUGCAGCUCUUUUUGAGCAUGAGCCAAUGGGAAUGUCUCCCGAAUCUCGUCACAUAUAACACCCUUAUGGAGGGAUUUUAUAAAGCUAGAGACUGCAAAAACGCUUCAGCAGUUUGGGCUCUCAUUUUAAAAGGUGGGUUUCAGCCCGAUAUUAUUUCUUAUAAUAUUACUCUUAAGGGGCUUUGUUCUUGCCAUAGAAUGUCGGAUGCCAUAUUAUUCUUUAGUGAUGCCCUUAAUAGGAAAAUCCGUCCAACUGCAAUUACAUGGAAUAUACUUGUCAGAGCAGUUAUUUAUGGCUGAGCUCUAACACGAUAUUUAUGAAGUACACACCCGGUGGGUUUUUGAUACCAAUUUCUAACCUGAGCAUGAAGUUCAGCUGCAGGGCUGCCAUUAUUACUCUCACUAUCAAGCCAAGUUUGUUGGACCUGUAUAUGAUAUUUCUUGUUUUAAGUUGUAAGUGAGCUCUCUACUCAAGUCAGGUGAGUAGAUGAUUUUGCAUUUUGGCAAAAUGGGAUAUCUAACCAGAAGCACA